UAAGUGGACGUCAAAACAUGAACACCAUUUCUUGUGGGUUUAUAUAAAGCCACUCAAUCGAUCAGUCCUCUCCUCAUCCACAUUCGCAAAAAUUACAUGGCUUUGAAGCCAGGAAUUCUCACCGAGUGGCCGUGGAAGUCUCUUGGAAACUUCAAGUAUUUGCUUCUGGGUCCAUUCGUGACACAUAGUAUUUACUCAUUCAUGGUGAAAGAAGAGAAGGAGAGGGACCUCGUCAACUUCAUUAUUUUCCCCUCAAUCCUGGCUAGGAUGCUGCAUAACCAGCUGUGGAUUUCUUAUUCUCGUUAUAGAACUGCCAAAGGCAACAAUAGGAUUCUUGACAAGACCAUUGACUUCGACCAAGUUGAUAGAGAAAGCAAUUGGGAUGACCAAGUGUUAAUGCAUGGACUAGUAUUCUACGGUGUGAAUUUGGGAAUUCCUGGGGCGUCUCACGUACCCAUGUGGAGAACAGAUGGAGCAGUUUUGGCGAUUUUGCUUCAUGCAGGUCCUGUGGAGUUCCUCUAUUACUGGUUUCACAGAGCUCUGCACCAUCACUAUCUCUAUACUCGCUAUCAUUCCCAUCAUCAUUCCUCUAUCGUCACUCAGCCUAUUACUGCUGUAGUCCAUCCAUUCGCUGAAAUCGUGGUAUAUUUCAUUCUAUUUGCAAUACCACUUAUUGGUGUGGUGUUGACGGGAACAGCCUCCCUGGUAGUAAUUUUCGGAUAUGUCUUUUACAUUGACUUCAUGAACAACUUGGGACACUGCAAUUUUGAGAUCAUUCCAAAAAGCCUCUUCUCUGUUCUUCCUCCUCUCAAAUAUCUCUUCUAUACAGCCUCAUUUCACUCGCUGCAUCAUACCAAGUUCCGGACCAACUACUCACUUUUCAUGCCCUUCUACGACUACAUCUACGACACCAUGGACAAGACUUCAGAUGAGGUGCAUGAAACUGCGCUCAAAAAGCCUGCAGACUCCCCUACUCACGUCCAUUUAACUCAUUUCACAACUCUAGACUCGGUUUACCAUUUCCGCUUAGGAUUUACGUCCUUGGCCUCAGCCCCUCAAACUUCGGCAUGGUUUCUCUGGAUUCUCAGCCCGUUCACAUAUUUCUUCAUGCUGUUAACCUCUCUCUUUGGCAGUACAUUUGUCGCGGAGAGGAACACCCUCAAUAACCAGCUUCGAUCACAAACUUGGCUGAUACCCAGAUACAAAAUACAGUACUUUCUUAAAUGGCAAAGAGCGGUCAUAAAUUAUUUCGUGGAAGAAGCUAUACUGGAAGCGGACAGGAGAGGCACUAAGGUGUUGAGCCUAGGCCUUCUGAACCAGGGGGAAGAGCUAAACAGAUGUGGGGAGCUAUAUAUUGAAAAGUACCCAAAGCUAAAAGUAAAGUUGGUGGAUGGGAGCAGCUUAGCUGCGGCUAUUAUUCUCAAUAAUAUCCCCAAAGGAACUACCCGAGUGUUACUUAGAGGCAAUAUCACUAAAGUAGCAAAGGCCGUUGCUUUGGCCUUACACGAGAGGGGCAUCCAGGUCGCUGUUUUCCGGGAAAAUGAAAGCAAGAUUCCAAGGCUUGACAAUUACGCAGUUGUUACCACAAGUUAUGAUCACAAGGUAUGGUUGAUCGGAGAAGGAUUAACUGAUAAAGAACAGCUUAAGGCACCUGAAGGAACAGUAUUUAUACCCAUGACGCAAUUUCCUCCAAAACGCCUACGUAAAGAUUGCUUCUAUCAUAACACACCAGCAAUGCUGGCUCCUUCUUCUCUUUGCAACUUGGACUCUUGUGAGGAUUGGUUGCCAAGAAGAGCAAUGAGUGCCUGCCGUGUCGCUGGAAUUGUUCAUACUUUGGAAGAUUGGAAGGUGAAUGAAUGUGGUGAUACCCUCUUCUGCAUGGAUAAAGUUUGGCAAGCUAGUCUUCGUCAUGGCUUUCUCCCUUUAUCUACCGCUCGUUAAUUUUAGACAAUUACCAAUAAAUAAAUACCUGGCAGCUAAAAGAUUUAAUAUCUUUCUACUGUUAUAGGGAACAGUAUGUCCAUAGCAAUUGUACAACUCCAUUUCAUAAAUAAAUCCUACUACUUUGGAGCUCCCA